AUGCCUGCGCUAUCUGGGUUCGCGAACUUUGAUCCGGAAAAAGAUAUCCCAUCCCUCCGCAGCAAAGUGAUAUUCGUCACAGGUGGAACCGCGGGACUCGGAAGAGCAUCGGUCUUAGCCCUCGCGAAACAUGAGCCGGCCCAUAUCUACUUCACCGGCCGUAAUGUGCAAGCUGGCGAGUCGGUCAUCGCGGAGAUCAAUAAAACGGACCCCUCGGUCGGCGCUACCUUCGUAAAGAUGGACAUGACGUCGCUGUCCUCGGUCAAGAGAGCCUGCGCUCAGUUCUCUCACGACCGCAUCGACCUUCUCAUGUGUAACGCCGGUAUCAUGGAUAUGUCGCCGGCCCUGAGCGAGGACGGAUUCGAGAUACACUUCGCGGUUAAUCACAUGGCACACGGGAUGAUCAUUUGGGAACUCCUACCCGUCAUGGCGAAAACUACAGAUAUACCGAAUUCCGACGUUCGACUUGUCAUUCUCACCUCUGCCGCCUGGCGAGCGCACUCGAGGAACGGGAUCGCGUUCUCCUCACUUCGGACCAAGCAAGAGAGUUCUAGCUUUCUCGGCAUGAAUAUGCGUUACGGCCAGAGCAAACUUGCGAAUAUCUUAUACGCUGCCGAGAUUGCGCGGCGAUACCCUUGCAUCAAGUCCGUCUCCGUUCAUCCCGGCGUUGUCUCGACAGACAUGGUAAAUAACUUGUCGCUGGGGAGGAAGGCUUUCGUAUACGGCGUCAACUGGCUCAUGGGAAUCAGCGUGGUGGACGAGAGCGAAGGUCGCCUCAGCCAGCUCUGGGUAGCGGCAGGUGCGAAAAGGGAUGAGCUGGUGAACGGGGCGUAUUACAUGCCAGUUGGCGUGCAAAGCAACAACAAGCUAGACAGCUACGCAAAGAGCAAGGAGCUGGCGCGAGAGCUAUGGUCGUAUACAGAGAACAUCGUGGGAAAAGUGGUGUAA